GUCCCAUGCUUUCCUCGAACAGCCCUUGAUGCUGCGUACAAGAUGCCUCAGCACUAACGUCUUUGUAUUUGUGAUCUGGUUUAGGUCGGCGGGCUUUCCUUGUUUCUCCUUGAGUUGCCUCCGUGCUGCAUUCCGAUUCUCUUGAGAGGAGAUCGAGGUUCUGUACUUUGGGCCUGAAAACUCCUGUUGAGGCUUUUUCAAUCAGCUGUCAUGGCGGCAUUGAGUUUCUGUGGCGCUUUCAACUCCCAUUGCGAUGCCAUCACAAUCGCUUCCCCUCGUCUCCAAAAGACAGCAAGCAUGAGAUCUCCAGCGAAUGUGGCCUUCAUCCGGAGAGCUAGUUCUCCACAGAGAGCGGUGGAAGUAAAACAGAGAGCUGUUGUGAAAUCUACUUUUUCAACAAGGGAUGUGUUCCUCACCACCUUAUCCACCUUAGGAAUGAUGUUGCUGCCAAAGAGUGCUACAGCAGAGGAUCAGUUGUCGGAUAAAGAUUUACUGGAGAAAUUAUUGGAAGAAAUAGACAACCUCCAAAAUCUCGUAACCAAGAGCUUCGACAAUGCUAAAGAGACUGUGACCACGAAAGCAGAAGAAGCCCUGUCCUCUCUUAACUUUGGACAAGAAAAAGCCGCAGAGGAUGUCACUGUCAUUAAGAACUCAGUAGAAGGAACUGUCCAAGAAAACAAGCUUGCUCUGGAAUGACAUGUAGUCACUCUGAUUAUCCAGUUUGCCACAUAGCAACUGGUGAAGCAACCUCCAUCAGUCUAAUAAACUAAGAAAUGCUGCAAGCUAGCACGAUAAUUCUUGUUUUGGUA